CUAUCGAUCGCUCGGGUCUCGGGUAACUGGGCAAGAGCCACAAAACCUGCGCCGGUUCAUGGCCUGCAGCUUCUCCCCUUCCUCCGCCGCGAGGCUCCAGGCGGUGGACGCGGCGGCGGCCGUGAAGAGCGCGAGGGUGCCCCUCAAGGCAUCCGUCUCGCCGGCGCCGAGAUCGCUGGGCGGCUGCAAGGCUGCUCGGCAGGAGUUCGAGGGCGCCACACAGGAUCCCAGCGUAUCAGUUUCUUCGGCACGCACACAGUUGGAUUUCCUGGAGCAACUGACAUCAUCCUCUACAACUGAUGCCACUGAGAAUGGCGCCCCUACAGAAACCCGUGUGCAAACUACCAUCCGGGAGCAACUGGCAGCGCUGUACGGUGACAGGGGCGACGAAUUCACGUUCACCCUCCCGCUGGGAAAGAGGCUCAGGCAAGGCCUCAAGACCCUCAACGCCCUGACCGUCUCGCAGAGGAGGAACAUCAAGAGGCAAGCGCUGCUCACCAAGGUCAGUGGGAGGAAUGACUCGGUGUUCUUCGCAACUGUCGGGGUAUUCGUGCUCGGGCCGCCUAUCGCCAUUUUAGCUAUUGCUGUCCUAACUGGCUAUGUCCAGCUCUUGCCAUGAACAAGAAAGGUGCAUAUUAAUAGUGAUCAUCUUCAGACUUUUCAUACACAUCAGGGUACUUUGUCUCUGCAAGAAAAUUGUAUCCUUGUAUAUAAUUAGAAUCUUUAUAUGGAGUAUGUAGAUUUUUAUCCCAUUAA